AGGAAAGUGAGUGGAAGGCAAGGGGCAAUCCGGUAGAAAAGGGUUUUAUUUCUUUUUCCUUUCAAUUAUUUUCUCUGUCUUGUCUUUGUUAUUCAGUUCGGUUGUUGUGUUGUAUUGUGUGCUGCAACACAUCCAGAAACACAAUCGGUGUCGUGUUGGGUUGGGUUUUUUUGUUAUUAAAAGAAAAGAAAAGGGGGGAUGGCUCGGAGAGCAGAGGAAGAGUACGAUUAUCUGUUCAAGGUUGUACUGAUCGGUGAUUCUGGUGUUGGAAAAUCCAAUCUCCUGUCCCGAUUCACUCGCAACGAGUUUUGCCUCGAAUCCAAGUCCACCAUUGGAGUCGAAUUCGCUACUCGCACUCUUCAGGUGGAGGGAAGAACUGUGAAAGCUCAAAUAUGGGAUACUGCCGGACAGGAACGAUACAGAGCAAUUACGAGUGCCUACUACCGGGGUGCCCUUGGAGCUCUUCUUGUCUACGAUGUCACUAAACCAACCACAUUCGAAAAUGUUAGCCGAUGGCUCAAGGAGCUAAGGGAUCACGCCGAUGCUAACAUUGUCAUCAUGUUGAUCGGGAACAAGACUGAUCUCAAGCAUCUCAGAGCUGUUGCCACCGAGGAUGCUCAGGGUUAUGCCGAGAAGGAAGGCCUUUCUUUCAUCGAGACUUCCGCUCUUGAAGCAACUAAUGUUGAGAAUGCUUUCCAGACUAUUCUUGCAGAGAUAUACCGCAUUAUCAGUAAGAAAUCACUCUCUUCCAAUGACCCUGCUGCCAAUAUUAUUAAAGAAGGCAAGACUAUCACAGUUGGGGGGGCACCCGAACCCAACACAAACAAGCCUUCUUGCUGUACAUCAUCUUGAACCCAUUCCUACUUGCUCAGUAUCAUUGUUUUGCCUGUUUUCUUUUCUUUACCAUUCUUUUUUAUUAACUUAUCUGGAUUUCUUAUGCUUGUGCGUGCUGAUUAAUGAGUAUUAUCCCAGUUUUUAAUUGAUAUUUUUUGGCUCCUGGCCUGCAGACCUGA